GCUCAGGUUCUUGGGAUGGGGAGAAGCCAGACGUUAGGUGAUUGGAGAGAAUCUUCCAGAAGUGGCUGCCUCUUUGAUGAGCCCUACAGCACAUGUGGAUAUAGCCAAGCUGAGGACGAUGACUUCAACUGGGAGCAGGUGAACACCUUGGGCAAGCUGACCCCUGACCCGUGGAUGCCUUCAGGCUCCUUCAUGAUGGUGAACGGGUCGGGGCGGCCCGAGGGCCAGCGAGCCCACCUGCUGCUCCCUCAGCUGAAGGAGAACGACACGCACUGCAUCGAUUUCCACUACUUUGUAUCCAGCAAGAGCAGCUCUGCUCCCGGGUUCCUCAACGUGUAUGUGAAGGUCAAUAGCGGAGCUCUGGGGAGCCCCAUCUGGAAUCUGUCGGGGGCUCCGACGGGGAGAUGGAACCGGGCGGAGCUGGCCAUCAGCACGUUCUGGCCUAACUUCUACCAGGUGAUUUUUGAAGUGAUUACCUCUGGACACCAAGGCUACCUGGCUGUCGAUGAAGUGAAGGUGCUGGGCCAUCCGUGCACCCGGACUCCCCACUUCCUGCGGAUCCAGAACGUGGAGGUGAACGCUGGCCAGUCGGCCACCUUCCAGUGCAGCGCGAUUGGCAGGACCUCAUCCAAGGAGGACAGACUGUGGUUACAGGGCAUCGAGGUCCCUGAUGCUCUCCUGAAGGAAAUAAAAUCGAUCGAUUCCCGAAGGUUCAUAGCUUCCUUCAGAGUCGUGAACACAACCAAACGUGCCGCGGGGAGGUACCGUUGCAUGAUCCGCACCGAAGGAGGCGUUGGGGUGUCAAACUACGCAGAACUGGUCGUUAAAGAGCCGCCCGUCCCCAUCGCACCGCCCCAGCUGGCCUCCGUCGGGGCAACCUACCUGUGGAUCCAGCUCAACGCCAACUCCAUCAACGGCGACGGGCCCAUCGUGGCUCGAGAGGUGGAAUACUGCACGGCCAGCGGCAGCUGGAGCGACCGGCAGCCCGUGGACUCCCCCAGCUACAAGAUCGGGCACCUGGACCCAGACACGGAGUAUGAGAUCAGUGUGCUGCUCACCAGGCCGGGCGAGGGCGGCACCGGGUCUCCCGGGCCGGCUCUCAGAACCAGAACUAAGUGUGCGGACCCCAUGCGUGGACCAAGGAAACUGGAAGUAGUCGAGGUCAAGUCUCGGCAAAUCACCAUCCGCUGGGAGCCCUUUGGCUACAAUGUGACCCGUUGCCAUAGCUACAACCUCACCGUGCACUACUGCUACCAGGUGGGCCGGCAGGAGCAGGUGCGGGAGGAGGUGAGCUGGGACAAGGACAGCGCCCACCCGCAGCACACCAUCACCAAUCUGGCCCCCUACACCAACGUCAGCGUCAAGCUCAUCCUCAUGAACCCCGAGGGCCGGAAGGAGAGCCUGGAGCUGGUGGUGCAGACGGACGAGGAUGUCCCAGGUGCUGUCCCGACUGAGUCCAUCCAAGGAAGCACCUUUGAAGAGAAGAUUUUCCUGCAGUGGAGAGAACCCACGCAGACCUAUGGUGUCAUCACACUCUAUGAGAUCACCUACAAAGCAGUCAGCUCCUUUGACCCAGAAAUUGAUUUAUCCAAUCAAAGUGGAAGAGUUUCAAAGCUGGGAAACGAAACCCAUUUUCUGUUUUUCGGACUGUAUCCAGGGACCACAUACUCCUUUACCAUCCGAGCAAGCACAGCCAAGGGCUUCGGGCCCCCAGCCACAAACCAGUUCACCACCAAAAUCUCAGCCCCGUCCAUGCCAGCCUAUGAACUCGAGACCCCUCUGAACCAGACCGACAACACGGUGACUGUCCUGCUGAAGCCCGCACAGAGCAGGGGCGCCCCGGUCAGUGUCUACCAAAUAGUCGUGGAGGAAGAACGUCCUCGAAGAACCAAAAAGACAACGGAAAUCUUAAAGUGCUACCCGGUACCGAUCCACUUCCAGAACGCCUCCCUCCUGAACUCGCAGUACUACUUCGCCGCGGAGUUCCCUGCAGACAGCAUCCAGGCUGCGCAGCCUUUCACCAUCGGGGACAACAAGACCUACAGUGGGUACUGGAACACCCCGCUGCUCCCGCACAAGAGCUACAGAAUCUACUUCCAAGCAGCUAGCAGAGCCAACGGGGAAACCAAAAUCGACUGUGUUCGAGUGGCCACAAAAGCUGCGAUAAUCCUGACUCAGCUUACAACACCUUACAUUCGCAUCGCCCCUGCUGCAGGCGACGGCCAACUAACAGGUGCUGCCACUCCAAAGCCUGUCCCAGAACCCGAAAAGCAAACAGACCACACGGUUAAAAUUGCGGGCGUCAUCGCUGGCAUCUUGUUGUUCGUCAUUCUCUUCCUUGGAAUUGUGUUGAUAAUGAAGAAGAGGAAACUGGCCAAGAAGAGGAAGGAGACCAUGAGCAGCACUCGGCAGGAGAUGACCGUGAUGGUGAACUCGAUGGACAAGAGCUACACCGAGCAGGGCACGAACUGUGACGAGGCUUUCUCGUUCGUGGACACGCACAAUCUGAACGGGAGAUCAGUGUCUUCCCCGUCAUCCUUCACAAUGAAGACAAAUACGCUGAGCACAUCGGUGCCCAACUCCUACUACCCAGACCCAUUUGUGCCAACUGCAAUUUUAGUGCCAAUCAAUGACGAGACCCACACGAUGGCCAGCGACACCAGCAGCCUGGUGCAGUCCCACACUUACAAGAAGCGUGAGGCGGCCGACGUGCCCUACCAGACCGGGCAGCUGCACCCUGCCAUCCGCGUGGCCGACCUGCUGCAGCACAUCACGCAGAUGAAGUGUGCCGAGGGCUACGGCUUCAAGGAGGAGUACGAGAGCUUCUUCGAAGGACAGUCUGCGCCAUGGGAUUCCGCUAAGAAAGAUGAGAACAGAAUGAAGAACAGAUACGGAAAUAUCAUUGCGUAUGAUCACUCCCGGGUGAGGCUGCAGACGAUUGAAGGGGACACUAACUCAGACUACAUCAACGGGAACUACAUCGAUGGCUAUCAUCGACCGAAUCAUUACAUUGCUACCCAAGGGCCGAUGCAGGAGACCAUCUCUGACUUCUGGAGGAUGGUGUGGCACGAAAACACGGCGAGCAUUAUCAUGGUGACCAACCUGGUGGAGGUGGGAAGGGUCAAAUGCUGCAAAUACUGGCCAGAUGAUACAGAAAUAUACAAAGACAUUAAGGUUACCCUGAUAGAAACAGAGCUGCUGGCAGAAUACGUGAUCAGGACAUUCGCAGUGGAGAAGGGAGGGGCCGGAGGUGAAGCAAACUGCAGUCCAUCCCGGGAAGUGUCACAGCGAGGUAUCCAUGAAAUCCGAGAGAUCAGACAGUUUCACUUCACGGGCUGGCCGGAUCACGGGGUCCCCUACCACGCCACUGGCCUGCUGGGAUUCGUGCGGCAGGUCAAGUCCAAGAGCCCGCCCAGCGCGGGUCCCCUCGUGGUGCACUGCAGCGCGGGUGCCGGGAGGACCGGCUGCUUCAUCGUCAUCGACAUCAUGCUGGACAUGGCCGAGCGGGAAGGGGUGGUGGACAUCUACAACUGCGUGCGGGAGCUGCGCUCGCGGAGAGUGAACAUGGUGCAGACAGAGGAGCAGUACGUGUUCAUCCACGAUGCCAUCCUGGAAGCCUGUCUCUGUGGGGACACCUCCAUCCCUGCCUCCCAGGUCAGGUCGCUGUACUACGACAUGAACAAGCUGGACCCACAGACAAACUCCAGCCAGAUCAAAGAGGAGUUCCGGACCCUCAACAUGGUGACGCCGACGCUGCGCGUGGAGGACUGCAGCAUCGCGCUGCUGCCCCGGAACCACGAGAAGAACCGCUGCAUGGACGUCCUGCCCCCAGACCGCUGCCUGCCCUUCCUUAUCACCAUCGACGGCGAGAGCAGCAACUACAUUAACGCUGCCCUGAUGGACAGCUACAAACAGCCUUCAGCUUUCAUAGUCACCCAGCAUCCUUUGCCAAACACAGUAAAAGACUUCUGGAGGUUGGUUCUGGAUUACCACUGCACGUCAGUCGUGAUGCUGAAUGAUGUGGACCCUGCCCAGCUGUGUCCGCAGUACUGGCCGGAGAAUGGCGUGCACAGGCACGGCCCCAUCCAGGUGGAGUUCGUGUCUGCUGACUUGGAAGAGGACAUCAUCAGCAGGAUAUUCCGGAUUUAUAACGCAGCCAGGCCCCAGGACGGGUACCGCAUGGUGCAGCAGUUCCAGUUCCUCGGCUGGCCCAUGUACAGGGACACGCCCGUGUCUAAACGCUCCUUCCUGAAGCUCAUCCGCCAGGUGGACAAGUGGCAGGAGGAGUACAAUGGCGGGGAAGGCCGCACGGUGGUGCACUGCUUGAACGGGGGCGGCCGCAGUGGCACCUUCUGCGCUAUCAGCAUCGUCUGCGAGAUGCUCCGGCACCAGAGGACUGUCGACGUCUUCCAUGCCGUGAAGACGCUGCGGAACAACAAGCCCAACAUGGUGGACCUCCUGGAUCAGUACAAGUUCUGCUAUGAGGUGGCCCUGGAAUACUUGAAUUCUGGCUGACGGCAUAACCGGCUCUGCGGACAAACCCUCUCCUAGCACAGAGCCAGGACGGUCGGUGGUGUUCGUGUAGAUGAGAUGGAGAUUUCUCAACACGCUUUCUUUGCUUUGCAUAAUCGGCUCUCAUCAAGAGCCCAGAAAGUGUCUAUAAACCGCUUGCACUGCCCAGUUCCCAGCCAUGCCGCUGCCUGACAAACAGAGCACACAGUCGUGAGAUCCUGUCCUGCCCUGCCCAUCACCGUCCCUGGCUCGGGAGAGUGGCGCCGACAUCUGGUCGACUGAAGAGCACAAUUAUAUUCUUAUGAAGGAAUUUGUACCUUUGGGGUAUUUUUUGUGGCCCGUGAUCCUCUCCUGUCGUUACAGCUGAGUGUGUGUUUUCGUUCUGUGGAGAAUGCUACCUGGCAUUAUGAUAAUGUAUUAUUUUAGUUACUAUUUGUACUUUAACACGUCGCGUAAUAGAAGCUUUCCCGGCUUUCCACGACUAACCGGUAAACGUGUAAUGAACAAGCUAUCUUGUAUGAGUCAUCGUUUCUAUCAGAUUUGUAUGGUUUCCAAGGGAAAAGCUCGGGAGGACUCAGUUCAGAAGUGCAACAUGGUCAGAUUCACAGAUCCAAAGCUUUCCCGUGUGUUUAUACUGUAAAUAUUUUUGACUUCAUCAAAUUAUUUAUUCAUUAAAAGAAAUUUUUGUGAAGCACAGUGAGUGACAAUCAUUUUUAUGGAGCCCUGGAAAUGACUGACUGUAUGACUUUACCUUUGUGAAUUCUCAAUAAACGAUGACCC